UUGAAAAUAAUAUUCUUUCUUUCUUUCUUUCUUUCUUUCUUUCUUUCUUUCUUUCUUCUUCUCUGUCCAAUGUUUCUUUCUUUCCUUUUCUCUGUCCAAUGUUUCUUUCUUUUUUUUCUUUUUCUACUUCACUUUCCAAUCCAUCUUUUCUUUCUUUCUUUCUUUUUCUUUCUUUCUUUCUUUCUUUCUUUCUUUCUUUCUUUCUUUCUUCUUUCUUUCUUGCAAUGUUUCUUUCUUUCCUUUUUUCUUUCUUUCAUUCUUUCUGAAUUCAUCUUUCUUUCUUUCUUUCUUUCUUUCUUUCUUUCUUUCUUUCUUUCUUUCUUUCUUUCUACUUCUCUGUCCAAUGUUUCUUUCUUUCCUUUUCUACUUCACUUUCCAAUCCAUCUUUCUUUCUUUCUUUUUUCUUUCUUUCUUUCUACUUCUCUGUCCAAUUCUGUUAAUAUCUAUCUAGCUGUUAAUAUCUAUCUAUCUAUCUAUCUAUCUAUCUAUCUAUCUAUCUCAGUCUUCUGUUCAUUAUUUUUCUUUCAUUCUUUCUUUCUUUCUUUCUUUCUUUCUUUCUUUCUAUCUAUCUAUCUAUCUAUCUAUCUAUCUAUCUAUCUAAUUCUUCCUUUCGGUUUUCUUUUUCUUUGUAAUAUCUUUUCUUUCUUUUUUCUAUUUCUUUCUUUCUUUCUUUCUUUCUUUCUUUCUUUCUUUCUUUCUUUCUUUUUUGUAUUCGGAGUUUUUACUUUCACCGUCAGUUGCUCUUUCUUUCUUCAUCUCCCGUUUUCUAUUCUUUCUUUCUUUCUUUCUUUCUUUCUUUCUUUCUUUCUUUCUUUCUUUCUACAAUCUUUCGCCAGCUUUCCUUUCCUCUUUCCAUAUUCCUGCUUUCCUUUGAACACCGGCCUCACUCCACCAACUUCUAUCUCUUCGCCAUCUUUCUUUCUUUCAACACCCUUAUUCAUUCGUUUCCAUCUUUACUUCAUCCUUUAUCAUGUAGAAUAUCCUUCUCCUUUCUUACCGUUCCUUUUUCCUCCCAGUUCCACGAAAACAUUUUUCUCAAACGAAGCGAGACGGAACGAAACCACCCUUUCCCCUCAACGAUUCGCAUUUUACAGACAACACUUCGCUUCCUGUCACCCAACCUUUUCAACUAUCUUAAUUCACCAGAUUUUCCAAUUGCUGUUCACUGCGCGAAUCGUGUCUUCUCUUAUCUCUUACCGACUGUUAUGGUUUUUCCUUCUAUGUAAAACCGUCACACUCUUUCUUUCUUUCUUUCUUUCUUUCUUUCUUUCUUUCUUUCUUUCUUUAACUGGCUAA